CCAAUAUAAAUAACAGGCUCGAAAAGCAAAGAAGGAAGUGGCACCAAGCUAAUGCCAUGGCCGUGUCAUCUACUUCAGCAACAAUUUAUAUUUUGCGGCAGAAUUUCCCCAUUUCAACCACCAAGAACACUAGUGUUUUAUUGAAUUUUGCACCAAGAAAAACAUGUAGACAUGUUAUCAGAAGUAGCUCAAGCGAUGGAACAGCGGAGAGUACAGCAGCAACAAAGGUACAAGAAGAAGAAGAAGAAUCAGAGACAUUAAUGGAAGUUCCAGAAGGACCUUCUUUGAUUUCUGCUCUUAAUGUGGAGAGAGCUCUUCGUGGCAUACCCAUUACAGAUGUAGAUUAUUACGGUAGACUUGGGGUUAAAAGAGGAUGUUCUAAUGAGGAGGUUACAGUUGCAUAUAAAAACAAGGUUGAAGAAUUGCUGAAGCAAGGACUAGAUGAAGAAGAUGUCAGGAAGGAAAUGGAGCUUCUGAAAGAAUCAUACGCAAUAUUAUCAUCAGAAGACGAGAGAAGAAUGUACGACUGGAGCUUGGCAAGAAGUGAGAAUCCAGAUAGAUAUGCUUGGCCUUAUGAAACCGACAAAGUAAAACCCUCGCCAGAUACUCCUCCGCCUGUGCAGGAACCAGAAGACGUGGAAACGACAAGAUUGGUGGGAUACUUUUUAUUGGGUUGGUUAGUACUGUCCUUCGUCUUAUCCAUUGCCCUCAACCGAUAAGGUGUAUAAUUUCAUCAAUUCUUUUUCUUUUUCUUAUUCUUUUAUAAUAAUAUUGUAUAUUUAUUAGUCUAUUUCACAUGAAUACCUAUUGUUAUGUUGCUUA